UAUAAUAUUGCUGACUACUUAGCCUUUAAUUUGUCCCCUACAUUUUUCCUAGAUGGAACUUAAUGCUAUUCACCUUAACUCUUCUCCAAUUCCUAGUCUUUCAUAUUCUUCCAAAAGAUAUGAAAAUGCAAUUACAAGAGGAAGCAAAUUUAAUCUCAAAUUUAACCAUACCACUUAUUUUCAUCCUCAAUUUACCACAAGCCACAAAGAUGCACGUUCAAUUAGUCACGUUAAUUGCAUGAUUAACAACUUCUCUGUGCCUAAUUCCAAGAAUAGUGAAGGAAGUGAUAAUAAAAUUUUGAGAGGAAUCAAUGGAACUUCUCUAGUUUUGGGUUGCAUUCUUGGAAUAUUUAAUUUUAGUAGCAUGAUGAUGAAUUCUAAAUUCAAUAUGGCUUAUGCUGCUCAUUUUCCUCCUCCUCCAAAAAUGAUAUUAGUUGGAGGAGAAAUUUCAUUUGAUUCAAUGUGGAAAACGAUUAAUGCUGAUGCAAUGGAAUCAGAUCCUGGCGAGGAUUCACCCGAUAAUAAGAAGAUGCAUGCUUUAUAUUUAAGAAAAUGUGGGAAGAAGCAUGCAAUAGAGAAUAUGGUGAAAGAAUUAAAAGAGGACUACAAGAAAUAUAAGGAUGAUCCAGACACAGAAUACUACGUGCGAAAAGCAUUGAUUGAACUUCUCUUGAUUCAGGGAAAUUUUGAUGAUGUCCGUACCCUACUUGACCAAGAAAUUGAUAAUCACUUACGCAAACACUCUAAAAUGCCUUUUCUUGGCUCAAUGAAAAAGGAAAAUUUUGAGAAAAAGAUUGACAAACUGUACAAGAUUUAUGAUAAGAUCGACGAGGACGGUCCUGAAAAACAAUCUAAACAAUCUAUAGCAGACAUUUUUCUAUUCGAGGCCAUUUUACACACCAAGUUAAGAGAUAAAGAAGCAGCGAAGUGGUGGGAAGCAUUCGCAAAAACACUAGUAACUGAGUAGUCCCAUUUCCAACGGAAUACUAUCUAUCUAUGCCUCUAUGGAGUUAUAUUCAUUUCUUCUUUUAUUCUUAUCAACAAAAAAUACUUUAUUCAAUUCUACCAUUUAUUCUUAAACAUAAGGUGUAAUCAUGAACAGAGACUGUGUGUUGAUGAUCUCUAGGGUGUGUUAAGUAAGUUCAAUAAGCUAGCUUAUAGCUUAUUGGACUAGCUUAUAAAUUUGUUUGAUAAAAAUUGACGCAUUUGGUAAUAAGCUUAUCUAAUUAGCUUAUAGCGUUUUUUGAGAUGCUAUUUCAAGUGGCGUAUGAAUUUAUAUCUUAUAGUUUUUUAC